AUUUUAACCACAAAUGGUCCCGUUUAUCCGUUAGUAACAUUGCAAACUAAUAUGUCAUCUCUUGUAUAUCUCGUUUUAUGCGUAGCAGAUUAUCAGGCCAGAUACUUUCAACCACCCAUCUCGAAGAGAUGAUCAAUGGAUUCUAGAAACACCUACAAACAUCGUAACUACUUCAAUAAUCGUGAGAUCCCUUGCAGUGCAUACCAUAAAUAGUAUACUGUAUCAUUAUAUAUACAUACAUAUAUACAUACGUGUAUGUACAUAACCAAAGGAACACAGAAUGCGAGGGCGUUAGAUUAGUAAUCACAGUGAAGCGUUGCCGGUAGACGCGCACGAUUACUAGUACGACUCGACUUCGUGGUUGAGUCUCGGUCUCGACGAGUAACUCGCAUUAACUGCUCUGAUACGAGAUCCCGAGACUAACCACCAACUACGAACAAUCUAGCCAUCAACCUUAAACGGAAUAUAUUUACGCUUGAAACGUAAUUAAACGAUGAUGCAUCCAUCUUUUAACCAUUAUUGCAUCAAGAGUUAUCAGAGGGUAGAGUCUUUGAGCUACAUUUUCAAGGAUUUCUACGUUGUCAAGAGCCCGCACUUUGCCUUACUCUCGUUAUCAUUAUCAUCACGAUGAACAUACAUCAACGAGUUUGAUCUCACGGCCUUGACAAAAUUAUUGUCGUUAUGAUUGAACUAAUAUUUUGAAACGUCAUAAUCAGGUUUAGAUCGAACGAUGACGACGUGUGAGCAAUUACGUGGAACGAGGAAGACGUGUAGGUGAAUAUUCGUGAUAAGAGAAAUCGUAGAACGACCGAAGGAAGGAAGAAAGAAAAAAAGAAGAUACUCGAUAUAAAAGUAAAACCGGUAAAAGUGAUCUAAUAGAGAAGAGAGAAGAAAGAAAAAAAAGAAGGCAGACAUUACGGUUUCGAAAGUGUCAACUACUGUUGGAAAACAUCGUUCGUUCGUUCAUCUUUCUCCUCUUCUUCUUAUUCCUCGUCUUCUUCUAGAAAUCAACACGAAAACUCGAGAUGUGGCAUAAUCUGACGUGCGUCGACGAUUUUCUAAACCGUGCCUUUCACAAGGUCGGUCUCGUGGUCGGCCAUCAUCCUGGUUAUUUUGUCAUCGUACCAACCCUCUUGGCCUGCAUUUGCUUCACCGGAUAUCAAAGGAUACACUACGAGAUCGACCCGGAAUAUCUCUUCUCUCCGGUAGACGGUCCUGGCAAGACAGAGCGAGCUAUAGUAGAACAAUAUUUCAAAGUCAAUUAUAGUCAUCAGUUUAACGUCGGCCGUAUCACCAGGCCAGGUCGAUUCGGCCAUGUAAUAAUUAUUCCGAAAGACGGCGAUCCGAAUAUGCUGCGAAGCGUGAUUUGGAAUGAAUUGCGAGAGUUGGAUCGAAUAAUACGAGAAGUUAAAGUUAAAUACGAGGAUGAAAUAUUCACCUACGAAGAAAUUUGUGCACGUUGGCUCGACGAAUGUUUUAAUAACGACAUUCUCAAUCUUCAUCACGUGAUAGAGGACGUAGAAAAUAGGGAGCUCAACCUGACGUUUCCGGUGAUGUUCAAUCCUGUGACAUGGGACGCCCAUCUAUUUCCCGUUUUCUUUGGUGGUAGUGUCAUCAGCGAAGAUCUAACGAUCGAGUCGGUGCCUUCGGUCCAGCUCGCCUACUUCAUCACCGUCGACAACCCACGGCAAGAUGCUAUUGGCGCCGCCUGGGAGGAAGCCUUUUUAAACAUAGUUGGCGAGGCUGAGGAUAGCGGUAUUUUCAAACAUAUAAGUACCGCGCGAUUUGCCUCGAGGACAUUGGAAUUAGAGUUGGAGGCAAAUACGAAAACAAUUGUCCCGUAUUUCUCGAGCACGUUCGCAGUGAUGGGCAUCUUUUCCGUGGUGACCUGCAUGAUGACUGACUGGGUACGAAGCAAACCUUGGCUUGGCCUUCUUGGGAACGUGUCCGCCGGUAUGGCGACCGUUGCCGCUUUUGGACUUUGCAUGUACCUAGGAGUCGAUUUCAUCGGUCUCAAUCUUGCGGCACCCUUUUUAAUGAUUGGUAUUGGAAUCGAUGAUACAUUUGUAAUGUUGGCUGCCUGGAGACGAACGUGUAUUACCAAACCCGUACCUGAGAGAAUGGCUCAAACCUUGAGCGAGGCUGCUGUGUCGAUCACGAUCACGUCUUUGACCGACAUGAUAUCGUUCUUCAUUGGUAUUUUAUCGCCAUUUCCUUCGGUACAAAUAUUCUGCAUUUACUCAGGUUUUGCCGUAGUAUUCACCUUCCUCUUUCAUUUAACCUUCUUUUCUGGAUGCGUUGCCAUAAGCGGUUAUUGCGAGCAAAAGAAUCUUCACAGCGUCGUUUGUUGCAAAGUACAGCCGCUUUCGAAAUCAUCUCAUCGAUCUUGGCUUUAUCGACUGUUCUGUACUGGAGGGGUCGAUCCUGACGAUCCAAAGAAUCCAAUUGACAAUCCUGAACACGGAUGCAUGACCUGGUUCCGGGACUACCUGGCUGCAGCUUUGAAUUGUCGUCCUGUCAAGGCCAUUAUCAUAUUCAUCUUCAUAUGUUAUUUACUCGGUGCUUUAUACGGACUGACUACACUCCAGGAAGGAUUGGAUCGACGAAAGCUUUCCAAGGAAGAUUCUUACUCGAUUGCCUUCUACGAUCGCGAAGACUUUUACUUCCGUGAAUUUCCUUAUAGAAUACAGGUGGUCGUGUCCGGCGAGUACGACUAUAGCGAUCCAGAGAUACAGCAGCAAAUGGAGAACCUCACGAGAUCCCUCGAGGCUAGUUCGUACAUAAGCGCACCGAUCUACACGGAAAGCUGGUUGCGCAGCUUCCUAAGUUACGUAUCGCGAAACGAGGACUACCUAAAUGUGACCAUCAAAGACGAGGGUAGCUUUAUCAAGGCGUUAAAAGAGAUAUGGCUAUAUUCCACCAGUACGUUUUCACUCGACGUUAAAUUCGACGAUAACGACGAACACAUAGUCGCAAGUAGAUUUUUGAUACAGGCAGUAAACGUAAGCGGUACGAAUCAGGAAAAAGAGAUGGUCAAGGAGUUACGAAAGAUAUGCAAGGAUUCCUUGUUAAACGCGAGCGUAUUUCACCCGUAUUUCGUAUUUUUCGAUCAAUUCGAAUUGGUCAGGCCUACCAGUAUACAGUGUAUGAUAUUUGGCGCAUUGGUGAUGAUGCUUAUCAGUUUUAUCUUCAUACCUAAUGUAUUGUGUUGUCUUUGGGUUGCAUUUUGUAUCGUCUCGAUCGAGCUCGGGGUGGCCGGUUACAUGGCCCUGUGGAACGUCAAUCUCGACAGCAUUUCUAUGAUAAAUCUGAUAAUGUGUAUCGGAUUCAGCGUAGACUUCACGGCUCACAUAUGUUACGCCUAUAUGAGCUCGAAGAAAGUCACGCCUGAGGAUAGGGUUAAAGAAAGUUUGUACAGUUUGGGCUUGCCGAUUGUACAAGGUGCGGCAUCGACUAUACUCGGUCUGGUCGCAUUGUUAUUAGCCGGGACGUAUAUAUUCUUGGUAUUCUUCAAAAUGGUAUUUUUGGUUAUAUUCAUCGGUGCCAUGCACGGUCUAUUUCUCUUGCCGGUAUUAUUGUCCAUAUUUGGUCCAGGCUCUUGUACAAGUUCGAAUAGAAACGACGAUGAAGAAAACGAUAAGGUGGACAAGGUAACGAGGAACGGUAUAAUCGAGAAAGAGUUGAUCGAUAAACUUAAACAACCUUUCGUUAUACCUCACCCUACUUUGUCGUACUAUCAUCACACAGGCAUGAUCAAAUCUCUUCAACCGAGUCCGUCUACGAGUUUGGCAGCAUUCGAGGAACGCGAUCCGGGAUUGGGUACUAGCGAGGAUAGCAAUUCCACUGAGAGUGGUUCCUCGCAAAGUAGAAGACGUCAGCGUGAAUUGGACGAGGAAAAGCGGAAACAUCAACAGGAGCUUUGUAGAAGAUCCAUUGGCGUUCUUUACGGUGUAUCACAGUUUCAACCGACGAUAGGAGCUAGUGGGUCUGUAGGAGGAGGUGGUGGAGGUGGAGGAGGAGGAGGAGGAGGAGGAGGAGGAGGAGGAGGACAUCAACAAACGCAGCCCGCGCCCGAUUAUCCAGGCGCGAUAAAACAAGAUCAUCAUUCGCCAAGAGAUACUCGUUCUACGGAUCAACGUAUAUUCCGCACAGUACCGUACCUAGGACCGCAUUUGGGAUAUCGAAUGCCCAAUCAAAUUCACAGAGACUAUAGACGUAGCCGAUCUCAUCAUAAUCUUCAUAAUCUUCAUAACACGUCCUCGAGGUAUCUCACGGAUCCACGUUAUCCAUAAGCCUAAAAUAAAAUAAUGUUAAUUAUUCGAUAUCAUUAAGGAAGGGAUUGAAAGAUGAUAUGUAUGGAAGAUAUAAAUAAGAGAGGAAGCCCGGCGGGCUUGUGGUUAGUUAGUUACUUGAUUGGUUGGUCGGUCGCUUGGUUUGUUGGUUGGUUAGUUGCUUGCCUGCUUGCUUGCUUGCGUGGUGAAGAAGGGGGGUUGGGGUGAUGGUGAGGGAUGUAAAUAUAUAAAAUCGUCCCGUUAAAUACGUAAAUACAUUUAAUACGUAAAAAGAGGCAUUCGGUCGGAAUUCGGUCCGGUCAUUGACUUUUCUCGAUCCUCGGUCGUCGUACAACUUUUCUUCGCUAGUGAGAGGUAACGUGCUCCGAGGAGAAUUGCGUCCGUUCGAAGAUUUGCAAAGACGAAAGUGGCCUUCCUGAAUAAAACGUCGUUCUAGAGAGAGGAAGAGAGAGAGAGAGAGAAUCGUCGUGCUACCGAAUGACGAUUGGCCCGACGUGACUUCCUCUAAAGAGACUUCUUUUUUUUAUAUAUAUAUAUAUAUGUAUAUGUAUAUGUAUGUAUGUAUGUAUGUAUGUAUGUAUGUAUUUAAAUGCCCCUCAGGUGCGAUAUAUCGUGUAUACGACGAUGAUUAUGAUUAUGACUAUGAUUAUGAUUAUGGUAGCUUGUCGAUAAAAUAAUAUUCUAAUAAGUAUAUUGAUUUUUAAAAAUGACCAAGAGAGAGAGAGAGAGAGAGUGUGUGUGUGUAAGUGUGUGUGUGUGUGUAGCAUGUGUGUAACGAAUUACAACGGAUGUGCGUUUAGUAAGACGUUUUUACACAGACGUUUAUUUCUUUUACUUUUUUUUUUUUUAAUUAUUAUUAUUAUUAUUAUUAUUAUUAUUAUUAUUAUUAUUAUUAUUAUGCAAAUAUCAUCGCAUAGUUUCUUUAUAUACAUGUAUAUCGAUAUAUCGACGGUGAGAAAAACUUUGGUACGGAUUUUUCGAAGAAAAAUAAAAAUCUUUUCAAGACAUCUUACCGAUGAUUUAUUUAUUUAUUUUUUUUCUUUUCUUUUUCUUCGGCUCUUUUUUAUCGUGCUAACGUAUGGACCUUAAUCGAGAUUUCGUUUUUAUCUAUUGCAUAUUUGCGAUAUUAAAUAAAAAUGGCGUAGUUUAUAUCUUUCUUCUUUUUCUCCUUUUUUUCUUUUUUGAUUUUUCUUUUUUUUUCUUUCGAGCCAAUAAGAAGUCUUAGACAAGUGAUAACGAAAAGUAAACUUUAGGACGAUCCUUAUUUAUAUUAUUCAUUGAUAUAUUAAAAAGAUUAAGAAGAAAAAAAGAAGAAAAAGUUUGAUAUUGAGACACACAAAAAAAAAUAGUGGAGAGGGGAUGAAGAAGGAAGAGGAUUAUUAUUAAUUAAUAAAAGGACGAAUCUCUCGAAAAGUCAAUUUUUUUUUCACAUUGUGCCUUGUAUGGGACCAGUGACGAUUUUCUAAAAUCUUUUAUCGAAAAAAUAAGGAGAAAAUCAUUGAAUUAAAUCUCUCGUCUUUCGUAGUAUACUAAUGUUAUUAUUUUAUUAAUUAUUUAACGAGACACAGGGUUGGUCUAUAAGUUCCUAAGUGAAAUCGAACGAAACCACUUUGAGAGAUUUUUUUAAUCUUUUUUCUUUUUUGUUCUUUUUUUUCUUCUUUUCUUUUCUUUUUUCUUGCAAAUCGCAAAGAAAAGUUUGAAAAAAAAAUCGGUCGAAAAUGUCACGCGAGAAAGAACAAUCGAUUCUAGAUAGUUAUCGACUAAGAACUCUUGUCUCUCGUUCUGUAAAAAUUUGUAAUCUGUGAAACUAGGAUUUGCGUGAUGUAUACGUCCAAAAGGAGUGUGCGUGUGUGUUAAUAAAAAAAAAAAAAAAAAAGAAAAGGAUGAAGAUAAAAAAUAAUAAAAAAUAAAAAUAAGUGGAAGGAACUUCUUUUUCUUUUUUUUUUUUUUCUUAUUUUUUUAUUUUCAUAUUUUCUAAGUAAGAAAGAAGAUAGUAGAUACGGUGACGAUAUUUGUACAGGCGAAUCUUUUUUUAACGCAUUCCUUCGCAAAUGAUAUCUCUUAGUUUAGACUAAGUUUAGUUUUAAGAUUGAUACUACUCUGCGAUAAAUUGUGUAUUGAUCUGUCGGACAAUGAUUUUAUAAUUCCUGGUGUAAUUUUUAUAUAUGUAAAAAUUUUUUCAAAAUGUACGAACGAAAAAAGAAUGCUGCAUUUAUGUGAAAUAAAAAAAAGAAGGAAAGAGAGAAAGAGAGAGAACGAAUAUAACGUUAAAUGAUCUAUUAAAAUAUGUGUGGGUGUAAAUAUGCUUCGAAUGAGAUAAGUUCGAUACAUAUUAUUAUUAUUAUUAUUAUUAUUAUUAUUAUUAUUAUUAUUAUUAUUAUUAUUAUUAUUAUUAUUAUUACUAUUACUACUACUACUACUAUUAUUAUUAUUAUUAUUACUAUUAUUAUUAUUAUUAUUAUUAUUAUUAUUAUUAUUAUUAUUAUUAUUAUUACUACUAUAAUAAUAAUUAUUAUUAUUGGAAAAAUCAUGAAAUACACAAAAGUUUCAUUUAACAAUGAUCCUUUUCAAACUUUCAUUAGAAAUAUAUCGUAUUCAUUGAUUUUCUAA